CUCCCUCUUCGUAGUAGUAGUAGCAGUAGCAGCAGCAGCAGCACUAGUAGUAGUACUAGCCAUUAGAUUAAGAAAUCUUCGGGAAGUUUCCCCCGUGCCCCGGUCCCUGUCCUCUGUAAUCCUCCCGCGGGCACGUGGGCCUUGACCGGGACACCUGCAAGUCCGGCGCCUCGAGAAGCGAUUGAGAAGCGUUUAACGAGCCUGCGUACAACGGAGAAGGAUGACAAUGAGACACUUUCCAUCGGAUAUUGUGCAGCUGCUGGGGUUAUUAACGGUCAGCCACGCCCACACGCGUGCCAAUCAAAGCAUGCCUCUCCUCUGAACGUCAGGUUGCGGGUCUGAGCGCGCGCGAGACGGUGCGUGGAUAAACUUGAAGAGAAAACGGAGGCGAUCACUGAAUUAACGUGGGCUCGAUUAAAUGGGCAAAACAAUCAACUGAAAGAAGAAAAAAAGACAAAAAUUAUUAUGAACUUGCCUUCACAUGCACUGGAUAUUUCAUAUCAGACUUCUGUGCAGUUUGUUUUAGUUUGGAUAUAUUUUGCGGGGAAAACUUGUACUAUCGACUGGAGAAUGCUGCAGUGUUUAUCUCGUGCAACAGCUUCACGCGCAUACGUGGGUUAAAAAAAAAAAUCUCCUCAUUUCUCUGUGCAUGGGAAUGUGACAGCUCUCCAAACAUGACAACUCAUAAGCAUGGGGAUGGAGACUGCUUCACAUUAACGACGCACAAAAUACCCCAGGAAACCUCUCUCAUGUCAGACAGGAUGUGGCUGAACUGAUUAACAAGUCUGAAGAAAAUGCCUAGGAUCUGCCUAAUGUUAAAGGUUUUGUCACUCUUGUCCUUUGUGGUUGUGAAGGUGUCAGCUGAGCUCACCUGUGAUGCCGUACUAAUGCUGGCUUCUGGAAACCACACAUUGUACCAUCUGGAUGCUGCUAAUCACUCUGACACUAAUAACUCGGGUGUAUUUUGCAGAACAGCUAUCGAUGGUAUCGGGACCUGCUGGCCGCGCAGCGUGGCCGGGGAGAUGGUGUCUCUUCCGUGUCCAGAAUUCCUCUAUGGAGUCCGAUACAACACCACCAAUAAAAUCUUCCGGAAAUGUCUAUCCAAUGGGACCUGGGCCUCCAAAAGCAACUACUCUCAGUGCAAAGCAAUUCUUAAUGUCCAGAGGAAAAGCCGGCUGCAUUACCGAAUCGCUGUCAUCAUCAACUACCUGGGCCACUGUCUGUCACUGUUCACUCUCCUUAUCGCCUUCAUCAUCUUCUUACGACUCAGGAGUAUUCGUUGUCUAAGGAACAUCAUCCACUGGAACCUCAUCUCCGCCUUCAUCUUGAGAAACGCGACCUGGUUCAUCGUUCAGCUCACCAUGAACCCCGACGUACACGAGAGCAACGUGCCAUGGUGCCGUUUAGUGACAACGGCAUAUAACUACUUCCACAUGGCCAAUUUUUUCUGGAUGUUUGGCGAGGGCUGUUAUCUCCACACGGCCAUCGUGCUCACCUACUCCACCGACAAGCUCAAGAAAUGGAUGUUCAUCUGCAUAGGGUGGUGUAUUCCUUUCCCUAUUAUUGUCGCCUGGGCCAUCGGAAAGCUGCACUACGACAAUGAGAAGUGUUGGUUCGGGAAGAGAGCAGGCAUCUACACAGACUACAUCUACCAGGGUCCCAUGAUUUUGGUGCUUAUGAUAAAUUUUGUGUUCCUCUUCAACAUAGUAAGGAUCCUCAUGACCAAACUCCGAGCGUCGACCACAUCUGAAACUAUCCAGUACAGAAAGGCGGUGAAGGCCACGCUCGUGUUACUGCCUCUGCUCGGGAUCACGUACAUGCUGUUCUUUGUAAACCCAGGAGAGGAUGAGAUCUCGCAGAUCGUCUUCAUUUACUUCAAUUCCUUCCUGCAGUCCUUUCAGGGCUUCUUUGUGUCAGUGUUCUACUGUUUUCUGAACAGCGAGGUCCGCUCUGCGGUUCGGAAACGUUGGCACCGCUGGCAGGACCAUCAUUCCAUCCGCGCACGAGUUGCCAGAGCAAUGUCCAUUCCCACCUCGCCUUCGCGUCUCAGCUUCCACAGCAUCAAGCAGUCCACUUCUGUCUGAUAAGGGGACAUUAAAAAAAAAAAAAAAAGAAAGAAAGAGGCAGGCACUCUAUCAGUGAGGAUAUAUUUAUUCCUCAGGCCAUGUCUGGAAAUACAAUGAAGUGACCAGUAAAAGGCUCGGUAUGAAAAGACAUUACAAAUGAAGGCAAGACUCCGCAAAAUGGACCAUUCCGUGUUGUUGGAAUGUUUUCCUAAGACUCUGCGUGUGUGUUAUUUAUAAUCGGACACUAGGAGUGCGACAGCUAUUACAUGGCCCAAGCUUUUUUCAUCAAACUAACUGAUUCCACUCUGUUCACUUCAGGUAAUCAGACAGAAUGCUAGUUUUACUGACUGACUAGCGCCCAGUAUCAUCUUCUGAGUGUAUCGAUGAAUUAGCUUCUGGUGUCGCCUAGUUGUACAGAAGAAUUUGGCUAGUUAGCUUUGAGGACGUUCCCUAAAUUUAGCUAGACAGCUUUCUGUGGAUCAUCAUGUCCUUAAAUGUGAAAAGUAUUUUGAUUCUUUCCUUCCUUAAACAUGAAACAUUAGCUAGGUUUGUUUGGGAGAUAAAUUCACAGCUAGCUGGCUAGCUAACAUUGUUGUUGGUGAACUACUGAUUAAAGAUUUUCUGUUUGGGGAAAAAAAUAAAAUAAAAUCUAAACUUUUUUUUUUGCACUUAAAAAGCUUAUUUUUAGCUUAGCUUAGGUAGCUUAAUUCAUAUUUAUCAAUAAUAUGCAAUAAUGAAAGUUUAAUGAAAAUAAUAUCAUAGGCGGUUACUCAUGGAAGCAGACGUAUUUAAACCACAUCAACAAACCCUCAAGUGGAAUCAGGAAGCCAUUUUGACCCUUAAGUAUUUCCUCUCUAUUUAGAGACCUUAUCUUGGCUUUGUCCAUCCGGACCAUCCAAAAGUCAUCCUUUUUAUUUUGAUAAGGAUUUUUUUUUUAUUUCAGCCCAUGGUAGCUUUGCAGACAAACAUCAUUCCUCCCACCGCAUUUGCAGCUGAACAAACAUCUUAUUCCUCCGUCUGAGGUCCAUGGGGCUAAAUGCUAAAGCAUGAGAUGCAGUGUUGGCAGUAUAAACAAACCUGCCUUAAAGGGAUAUUCCACAGCAGACAUGGAAGUAUUUUGUCUGUGUACUGUAUAUAUUAGAUAUUUCAUUUUUAGCUUCAAAUCUAGCUAACAGCUAAAAGAUGAUGAACUGUAGGAGUUUACACAUGCUGUACAUGUCUACCCCAACAGUGAGGCUGUACAUGUUCAACCACACACACACACACACACACUUCAGUAUUGUAUUUCAGUCAACCUCAUGAGAUCAACUUACAUCUAUAGAACACAGUCUUAUACGCGAGAUGUGUGCGACUUACUAAAUAUAAAUGAAAUCUAUUUCAAUAGUAUGCCAGCUGUGAAGCAUGGUGGUGAGAGCAUCAUGGUGUUGGAGAUAUUUUGCUUGCACUCACAGAGAAAGGAAUGAACUCCCAGACUUUCUGUACGUCGUAGAAUUGUUUGUGUUUUAUUAUUAUGACGUGGAUGAAGUUCAGACCAGAUUUUAUGACUAAUGCAAGAAUGCAGGCAGCUACGUAAGUGAAAAUCUGUAUGUUUGGUUACAGAUCAUUUGUCAUAUAUUGAUAUAUAGAUAGAGAUUUAAUAGAAUAAACUUCAUAUUUUAGUAGUAGGAUCAAGUAAUUCUUUGCAUCAAUAUACACAGAUCAGCCAUAACAUUACGACCACCUGCCUAAUAUUGCGUUGGUCCCCCUUUUGCUGCCUGACCGGUCGAGGCAUGGACUCCACUAGAUCCCUGAAGGAGUGCUGAAAAUGAAAUGAAAUGAAACGGCCUUUAUUUGUCACAUAUACAUUACAGCACAGUGAAAUUCUUUCUUCGCAUAUCCCAUCCUUGGAGGUUAGGGUCAGAGCGCAGGGUCAGCCAUGAUACGGCGCCCCUGGAGCAGGGAGGGUUAAGGGCCUUGCUCAAGGGCCCAACAGUGGCAACUUGGCAGUGCUGGGGCUUGAACCCCUGAUCUUCCAGUCAACGACCCAGAGCCUUAACCACUUGAGCUACCACUGCUGUGGGAUCUGGCACCAAGAUGUUAGCAGCAGAUCCUUUAAGUACUGUAAGUUGUGAGGGGAAACCCCCAUGGAUCAGACUUGUUUGUCCAGCACAUCCCACAGAUGCUGGAUUGGAUUGAGAUCUGGGGAAUUUGGAGGCCAAGUCAACACCUGAAACUGGUUGUUGUUCUCAUCAAACCAUUCCUGAACCAUUUUUGCUUUGUGGCACAGCACAUUAUCCUGCUGAAAGAGGCCACAGCCAACAGUGAAUACCGUUUCCAUGAAAGGGUGUACAUGGUCUGCAAUAAUGCUUAGGUAGGUGGUACAUGUCAAAGUAACAUCCACAUGGAUAGCAGGACCCAAGGUUUCCCAGCAGAACAUUGCCAGCCUUCGCCUCCCACAGGCAUCAAUGAUCCUUGGCCACCCAUUGUUCCUUCCUUGGACCACUUUUGUUAGAUACUGACCACUGCAGACUGGGAACACCCCACAAGAGCUGCAGUUUUGGAGACGCUCUGAUCCACGCUUGUCCAUUUUUCCUGCUUCUAACACAUCAACUAUGAGGACAAAAUGUUCACUUGCUGCCUAAUAUAUCCCACCCACUAACAGGUACCAUGAUGAGGAGAUAAUCAGUCUUAUUCACUUCACCUGUCAGUACUCGUAAUGCUAUGGCUGAACGUCGUAUGUUCACACGAAAGCCUUUAUCUAUAAACAAGGUUUAGUGAGAGCAGCGUGACCACCAGAGGGCGCUGUUAUGUUCCAAACCUUUGGUCUGCUGCCUUAGCCGUUUGAUAUUAAAUACCUAUUUGGAGUUUUAAAUGAUAUGUGCAUACGCUUGUGACAAAAAAAGAAGCAAUGAUUAGACUGACAAUGAAGGUAUUACUGCCUUCUUUAGAUGAGAGAAUGGAGAUUGAGAUGGUCAUGACACUUUAUCCUGUAGAUUUUUGUCUACUCGUCUCUUGCUGUAGGAUACAUCCAUACUUUAAUCAAGUCGGUUCCUUUUAAUAAUAUUCUUAAAGCAUCUUUACAGAACCCUGGACAUUGGGUAUGGUGAGGAAAUACUUACUGAAAAG